AUGCGCGUGCUCUAUCCCGACAUCGAGCCCUACGAGCACGGCAUGCUCGACGUCGGCGACGGCCACGAGAUCUACUGGGAGCUGAGCGGCAACCCGAGCGGCAAGCCCGCCGUCUUCCUCCACGGCGGCCCCGGCGGCGGCUGCGGCGUGCACACGCGCUGCUUCUUCGACCCCGCGGUCUACCGGAUCUGCACCUUCGACCAGCGGGGCUGCAACCGGUCGACGCCCAACGCGUCGGACGACUGGGCCGCGUCCAUCGUGUGCAACGACACGCCGCACCUCGUCGGCGACGUCGAGAAGCUGCGCGCCCACCUCGGGAUCGAUAAAUGGGGCGUCGUGCUCGGCGGGAGCUGGGGCUCGACGCUGGGCCUCGCCUACGCGCAGACGCACCCGGACAGGCUCGAGGCGCUGGUCCUCCGGGGCUGCUUCCUCUUCAUGCCCGACGAGGUCGACAACCUGUUCCAGAACGGCCACCAGGCCCUGAACCAACCGGAGGCCUGGGCGGGCUACGAGGAGCACAUCCGGUCGACGCCGGGCGAGUGGGAGGUCGAGCGGACGAACCUGCUGGCCGCGUACUACAAGCGGCUCCGGUCCGACGACUCGGACGUCCGCAACGCGGCCGCGCGCGCGUUCGUGUCCUACGAGCUCUCCGUGAGCACGACGUUCCCCAACUCGAAGAAGAAGGACCGCGUGCUGUCGACGCCGGAGAUCCUCGUGCCCUUCGCGCUCUUCGAGGCGCACUACAUGCUGAACAACGGCUUCCUGCGGCGCGGCCAGCUCCUCGACGACGUCGGCAAGAUCGCGCACCUGCCCAUCACCAUCGUCCACGGCCGCUGCGACUUCGUCUGCCGCCCGGAGGCGGCCUACCGGCUCUGGUGCGCCCUCGACAAGAAGGCGAAGCUCGAGAUCGUCGACGGCGCGGGCCACUCGGACACGGAGGUCGGCAUCGUCGACGCCCUCGUGCGCGCCACGGACGAGCUCCGGUCCGCCUAG